AUGUUGCCACCAAGCGGCAUAUCUAUGCUCGACUAUGCUGCGCUGCAAAAUGUGGCGGACUUCAACCAUCCCUCCAUUCACGGAUUCUUGACAAUGUCUCAAUCACGCCUUUUUAAGCCCCUCAAGAUCGGCGACUUGGAAGUGAAACAUCGCAUCGGAAUGGCGCCACUCACUCGCUUCCGAGCAACCGAAGACCGAGUUCCUACACCCCUCAUGAGGGAAUACUACAGCCAACGUGCCGCAGUGCCAGGUACCUUGAUUAUCACUGAGGGAACCUUCAUAUCAGCAACCUGCGGCGGGUUCCCCCAUGCACCAGGGCUUUGGCGUGAGGAUCAAGUCGCUGCCUGGAGAGUUGUCACGGAUGAAAUUCAUCGCAAGGGAUGUUUCAUAUUCUGUCAACUGUUCGCCAUGGGGCGUGCCGCGGAUAUCGAUGUAGCCCGGAAAGAAGGGUUCGAUGUCGUAGCGCCUAGUGCUAUUCCCAUGGAAGAAGGUACCGUAAUCCCCAGGGCCAUGACGGCCGACGAGAUCAAACAGACAAUUCGAGAUUUUGUCAACGCUUCGAAGAACGCUAUUCGGGCUGGCUUUGACGGAGUCGAGAUCCAUGGCGCGAAUGGAUAUUUGCUCGACCAAUUUAUCCAAGACGUUAGUAACAAGCGUGACGAUGAUUACGGUGGAAAUGUGGAGAAUAGAUCUCGUCUUCUUGACGACGUGAUCAGAGCAGUUGUUCAUGCCAUCGGUCCUGAACAUGUCGGGCUUCGACUGAGCCCCUGGAGUACAUUCCAGGCCAAACGGGCGGACAUCGCGUAUCUUCACCUUGUCGAGUCGCGGAUUUCUGGCUCUCAGGAUUACGAUGGCCAUGAUACACUGGAUUUUGCAUACGAUCUAUGGAACGGACCUUUUCUUAUUGCUGGUGGGUACACGUCGCAUGAGGCCCGCAAGUUGGUGGACGAGAAGUAUCCGGACAAGGACAUCAUGGUCAUCUUUGGCCGGCACUUCAUUUCCAAUCCGGAUCUCAUAUUUAGGAUUAAGAAGGGUCUGGAGCUCAAUGCGUACAAGAGAGACAGCUUCUACGUUUUUGAGUCAGCUGUCGGGUAUUCGGAUUAUCCAUUCAGCAAAGAGUAUCUAGCAAGCGGGACAAAUGUUUAG